AUGCUGGGCCUGCCUUUGGCCAUGGGGGUCCUGCUGGCCCUGUUGGGCUGCACGGCCAAGGAGCACUGUGCGGCCCCACAGGACCUGGUGUGCCAGUUGCUCCAGCACAUGGAGGGCUCCAUCAAGCCCGGAGAGGUGCCGAACCCCAGUAUCCUGCUGGCCAUGAACCUGGCUGGCGCUGACACCAAGAAUCCCAACUACAAGUUGCUGCUCCAGGAGAUCAAGGAGGAGGCAGUGAGGAGAGCCCAGAAAGCCAUGACCUCAGGACAGGUGGCUCUGUACGUCCUCGCCCUCCUCUCGUCCUGCCAGGACCCCCGGCAGGUCCAUGCCCUGGGACAGACCAUCAACAUGAUCUCCAUUCUGCAGCAGAAAACGGACGAGGAGAUGGCUGAACUGGAGGACAAGGGCCAUUCCAAAACUACCCUGUUCAGCGUGAGCCUGGAUGCCACAGCCCUGUGCCUGGCCAGAGCGGACGGAUACCAGGGGCCAGCAGUGGCCCUGGCCAAGGAGAUGCUGAGCCCCAACAGCCACAUCACUGUGGACACCCGUGCUGUGGCAACGCUGGCCCUGGUGUGUGCCCAUGACAGUGUGGAGGACCCAGAGGUGCGGGAUCUGCUCCGGGAGGCAGUUUGGACAGUGACCAAUGACUUCCUGGACGAGCAAGAGGAGAGGAAAGGCAUGAUCGGGAACAUCUACAGCAUGGGGCUGGCCCUACAGGCGCUGGAGGCCUCAAGGGACUUUUACGCCCCUCGGGACUGGGAUUGUGCCCAGGCCUUUGCUGUGGUGACCAACCACACCUUCGAGCUGCCCAUGGCUAUCGCCCAGGUGCUCCCGGCCCUCGUGGGCACAUCCUACCUGGAUGCGGCCAUGCUGAGCUGCAAUGCCCCCACGGAUCUGUGCCCAAGCCUGGGGACACACAGGGUUCCCAGAGGUAUGAUGAUCCCACCUGGAGCCUCCCAGAUCCCACAGUCAUCCCAGGAUAUCACAGUGCACUACUCCAUCAUCAACAAACUCCAGGGAACCCCCUUCCACUACAACAUCUCGGUGAGGGUCGCAGGUGACUCCACACUGCUUGAGGUGCUGGAGAGGGCAGAGAAGAAGGAUCCCAAAAACUUUAGCUUCAAGAUGGAGCAGACAUUCUGGGGUCCCAUGGUGGUCUCCAUCCACGGGCUGGCUGCCAGUGACAAUGACAGGACCUACUGGCAGUUCCUCAGCUCUGGGAAACCUUUGGAUCAAGGGGUCGGAACCUACAAACCACACUCUGGGGAGCACAUCCAGGCCAUCUUCAGCACCUAUUGA